CGGAGUGUUGUGAUGGGAGAGGUCUCAGCGGUGUUCUACUGUAUGACAAAAGAAAGUAGAAAACUGCAACAGAAGUUGUAAAGUUCAAAAGCGGUUAAGUGAAGGUGCAGUGGAUUGGCAAUUUCAAAGUUUCCGUAAUUAGCAGCGCUGCUGGUGUGUAAAACAGAAACUAACAGUGCAGUAAGGCUGUUCUGUUCAACGAGUUUCGGAGUUAACAACACCACAGUACACAGUGAUCACUUCCGUGGGACAAGUACACGAAUUGCGCAGAAUGGUCGAGGAGAGAAUGAGAUGGGUACUCAUGUUCGCCGUGGUGUUCCUGGUCUCAGCAUCGGAGCCUUGUGCUGAAAUGUGUUCGUGUUCACCCGGAACUGUCAACUGUAGCAAUACAAGCCUCGUCAGGAUAGCGUUCAAAUUAGAGGAAGACACAGAGGUGCUUGAUCUGUCUUAUAACCUCAUUGAAAUCAUCGAUAAUGAAUUCUUCAGUGAGACAGAUGUAACCCAAGUGAGGUCCGCCUAUCUCAAUGACAAUAGCAUAGCAUCUGUUGAACCGGAAGCUUUCAGGUUGUUCGGAGAUUUAAAACAUCUGUACCUACAAAAUAACAAGAUUAACAGCCUCCAUCCAAGUACUUUCCAAUCUAAUACAAAUCUAACCACGUUAGAUCUAAGCGGAAAUAUACUGACGACAAUACAUCAUAAAAUAUUUGAAGAAAACCAUUUACUCUCGUGGGUCAACAUCGCAGGCAGCUCACUGAAUGUUUCAACUAUAAGCCCAACGAUUUUUAGUUUCUCCCUUAACACUCUAGAUAUAGAAAUGUGUAAAACUCCGAAAUAUUCUAUAAAUUCCUUUCAAAAUAUACAAAUUUUCAAAAAUUUUAAUUUGACCGAAAGUGAAAUAUUCAGUGUUGAAACAUUUAUAUCAUAUCAAAACACAGAACUUCAAGAACUAUCCUCGGAGAAUUAUGUCUUUUCUAAGUUAAGUAAGUUGGGUUUCGAUGGGUUCAGUAUAUUCAGAUAUGACGAGAUACAUGAGGCAAUAUUCUCUGCAUCAAACUCUUCUCUGAUAUGCUUCUGCGCUCGGCUAUCAGCUUGGUUCUGGUGUUAUGAGGACACAUUUCAGUGUACAAUUCACAUAUCUGACAUAUAUUCACUUUUAAACUGCAAAGAAACGUCCAGGGGAACAUCGGAUAUACCGUCCCAUAUAUUGGAAUCUUCGCCAGUAGCUUCAUCAAUGUCAGUAACUGAGAGUCAAACAAAUUGUACGGACAAUGACAGUAUUUCUGUCGUAACAUCUUUUGUAGCGGAUGAAGGCAUGGAUUUAUGGCAUAUCAUAUUGUGCGUAGUUGUAGGUAUAGGAGUAAUAUUGGUGGUUAUCAUAGGGGCUUUCAUCUACAUAAGGAGACGCAGAGAAAACACUCGCAACACAGAAAGAAGGGUCCAGUAUAUAAGUGUGCCUUUGAGCAUCUCUGAGCCGUUACAUUACGAAAGUGGUGAUGUUACAAAUUUUACCCAGCAUCGUGUAAUUCCAUAUGCAAGUGCGACGGUAGCUGAUAUUAUACGUGAUACUCGUGUGGGAAACGCACAGCUUGCUUCGUUUAAAGGCAGCUAACCAUCCGAGAGCCUGCCGAAAAUCGUUCGGCCGCUCAGGCGUUACUCGCAUCAACUCGUCCCACACAGAUUUGUACCGUACUCACCCAAGACGCUGAGCCCUUCUUGAGAAGCUGCCAGUUGUGCAACUACUCAAGAACUUCCCAGCAUUCUAAGGAAC